AUGAGCCGAACAUUGAGCUGGUCUCGAACGGCCAAGUCCUCGCUGGCUAAGCAACAUGUCUCUCGCCCCAGUGACCCGACUACGGUGCGCCCGGCACAGUCCCUCCCUCGCCGGUCCCAGCAGAUUGCCGAAUUCUCCGGCAGUAGCGAGAGCCAAGACCGCCUUGGUCACCGGGCAAAGGAGAAGUUAUUGGACCGGGAAUUCUUCCUCAGCUUACUGAGCUCGGCAUCGACCAAGCGCGAAGCCAAGUCAUACCUAGCUCGGCUUAAAGCAAGCCCUGCCAACCCGAGCCAAGACCCCCCACCCGAAGCUCCGAAAGAAUCCGCAUCGGAAUCCCUGCCACUAGGGCCGUCUACGACAGCCCUGUCUUUCGACAAGAUACAACUCCAGCCCCCAAAAGCACAAGACAUACCCGAAAGGCUACACUUGGCCCUGAUCAAGAUCACCACACCACAGCUUCUUGAUGAUGCCGUGAUCAAUGGCGUGGCCAAGACCUUGUCGCAGCUCGUGAGGCUAGGCAUGGCAUGCUGUGUGGUGGUCGAUCCUGGAAACUUGGAUGGUGCAGCUGUGCGACAAACAGCCAUCGAGCAGGCAAAUCGGAUUUCUGCGGCAGUGGAUGGGCAGCCUGACUCCAAGUCUUUUCGUCUAGACUCGGCCUUGUCGAUUUCCGCAAACGCAUCACUUCAGCCCACGGUUCUCUCCCGUAAAGUACUCUUGAGCGCACUUCGGGACGGCCAUGUGGUUCUUGUCCCCCCUAUCGCAUACAAUGAAGACAACCCGCGAGCCGUCCCGGUGUCUGCCAAUGACGCUGCGCUUGCACUAACAAAAGAGUUUGCUGGACUGUCACUGAACCCAGACCCAGAUGAGGAUCCGGCAAUCACCGUCGAAAGAAUAACUGCUCUUCAGAAAGAGGUCUCACUGGAUCGUGUCAUUGUUCUCGAUGCACUUGGAGGAAUACCAGCGUUCAAGGGCCCCCAAUCAUCCCAUGUCUUCAUCAACAUGGAGCAGGAGUUCGAACAAAUCAAGGAGGAGCUCGUACAAGCACGAGACUCGGCCUGUGAACACGACAGUGACCUCGCAAACCAAGUGAAAACUCAAGCUGCCCUUCCAACCUUAGAAAGCAACCCAAUCUCGAAGUUCGUCAACCAAGAGGUAUUUUCACCUGCCCAGCCUGCAAAACUUGAUCAACUUUCCGGCGUCGGCGUGACAGAGAGCGCACUUGAUGGUCAUCUUGCAAACCUCCGAUUUACCCAGCAAGCCCUGGCGAUGCUUCCAUCGGCAUCAUCGGGAAUUAUCACCUCUCCAAAGGAGGUAUCUCAUUCCGCCAGUGCGACUCAGAUGGCCGUUUCCGACCUAUCGGCCGUUGGAACGCGCCGACAACGCAACCCCCUUAUCCACAAUCUCUUGACAGAUAAACCUCUUCUCUCCUCCUCAUUACCCCCAGGUCGGCGUGGCGCUUCAAGUAACGGCAUUCCCAAUGCCUUCAGCCCGCUCACUUCUCACACAACAUUCGUCAAGCGCGGAAUGCCUCUCACCAUCCUCCCAAAUCCCUACACAAAACCCUGGAAAGCGCAUAUACAGCCCCGGCUUGGUCUCAAUGACCCGUCCAUCGACCUUCCGCGUCUAGUCACUCUAAUCGAAGAUUCUUUCGAUCGAAAACUAGACGUACAAAAUUAUCUUGACCGUGUGAACGACCGUAUCGCCGGCGUAAUUGUCGCCGGCGAGUACGAAGGCGGUGCUAUUCUCACGUGGGAAACACCACCCGGAGUACCGGACGAUGGAAGUGAAGCGAGCACAGCUCGCAUGGUCCCCUAUUUGGAUAAAUUCGCUGUGCUCAAGCGCAGCCAGGGAGCGGGUGGUGUCGCUGAUGUGGUAUUCAAUGCGAUGGUGCGCACAUGUUUCCCCGAUGGGGUAUGCUGGCGCAGUCGCAUGGAUAACCCCGUCAAUAAAUGGUAUUUCGAGCGCUCCUCGGGCACUUGGAAGUUAGUAGAUAGUAACUGGACCAUGUUCUGGACAACCCCUGGUUUGGUGGAGAACUCGCAACGCUUCCAGGAUUAUGAGGCUGUGUGUCGGACUAUCCAGCCUAGUUGGGCGGACAAGAAAAGCGUGAUAGACUGA